AUGGCUAAUGACAUCCUCCCCUCCGUUGUCUUAUCUCUACCAACCGUUGUUCCUUUGAAUCAAAUAGAGGCAUGGGAGGAAGUUGAAAAAGACGCAGAAGCUAUUGCCAACAACGGGUCUAAAAGGAGAUUAAACGCUGAUGUGUUCCCCCCCCCCCCAUCCACAAACCCCAGUGCAUGUAACGCUGUUUUUCGAGGGUUGAUACUGGAUUACGAAAAGAACGUAGAACGGUUUCCGGGUCGGCCCAACAAGAUAACGCGCUGUAGGAGAGGAGGGUUGAUAUUUUUACCUGGAAGAACACCAAACAGCACUAAUUUGAUGAUUAUUCAACCGAUUCAUUGCGAAGGAAAGUCAACCAUUGGGAAUGUGAAGGUAGACAUGAAUCAUUACUAUGUGAUUUUGAAUGAGUGUGACAUUGAGGUCAAACCUGGGAGCAAACUAGUAGUAUUGGCUAUGCCACAUAUCGAAUAA